GCACUCACACAGAGUACAUAUAUUCAAGGCUCUCUCACCCCUGUAGAUGGCCCCUGCCUUCUCCCCGACCACGUUGUCAUGCCCCGACUUGUUACUACCGAUGUGCAGGAGCAUUGUCGAUCGAGACAGCAGCUGCAGCUUGUGUCCGUCAAGAUACCACCCACCUACUGUGAAAACGCCGGCAAGAUGCGGGCUGUCAACGCUCUUGGAGAGAGAAACAAUGUCCGACCGUCCAGUUGCCGCCCCCUAGAACACACUUUCUUCGGCAUCCCAUCGCCAAACUCGACGAACCAAGCUUUCAGCAUCAUUAAUUCCAGACUUUAAACCUAUGGUUGCCGCCGCCGGGUGCCCCGGGUAGCUCUCCUCAUACGCGCUCUCCCCGGUCUCCCUCUGCCAUGCCACGACUGCUCUUGCCCGCUGGCGGACGGGAUGGCUCGUCCAAACGCGAACCUCAGCAGGGACAAGGACCACAGCUCGCCGACCCGCUGUGUAUUCUGUGCAUAGAGUCUUUUCCACUCCCAGGCGGCCAGCUGUGCGCGACGGGCAAACAUUUCUUCUGCUACCCGUGCCUCGAGCUGUACUUUCGGACUUCCAUCGCGACUGACUGCCCGGCUCCUCCAACCUGCUGCGACCGGCCUUUGCCGGUAGACCCCCAUACUUUACCGAAGGACGUCUAUGCAUACUUCGACGCCAUAGCGAGAAGAUGGGAGACCGUGGGCGACACACGCUGCGCAAACGUCUAUUGCCAGGCGCUCAACCCCCGGCCGGCCGAACUGAGACCACAAAGAAUCUCGUUCGAUUGUUCGAGAUGUGGGAUGGCGACCUGUUAUUUUUGCGGGAACCUCAGCCAUUUGGGAAUUUGUGCUUCGGUACCUGACUCAGGGUUCCCAAACCCACGCCCACAGCCUGAAACCCGGACACCUGCUUGCGCCGGUGUGCGUGAUACUUGCGGUCACACUCGGUGGGCCAAAGGCCUCAUCGACUCAACCGACCUACCGUUCCGGUGCGACACUUGCGGCAGUAACGUAGCGUACUGGAAGAGUUUCUGGAGAUGUCGCGGCCGCUUGUGUGGGAUAAAAGAAUGCCCACCCUGUGCGACACGGCGGCGACGGGAUCGCAAAACAUCCUCCCGACCCCCUUUGCCUGUCCAACCCACCGCGGACUGUCAGCCUGGCUCUUCCUUCUACCUCCCCAUCCCGGCGGUUGGGCCCGACCCAUUGACUAUGCCAUUAAAUAGCGCACCAGUUGUUCAAUCUGGCCAGGAUCCCCAGAGCUCCCCGAGCCAGUCUCUUUCGGACUCGGCUGCGGCCAUAGCCCGAGAUUUCCCUGGCGCCAACCUUUCCGCCGGUCAACUCGCCCGACUCAACAAGAUCAUCGAGCGCCGGGCCAUGAUAGAAGUGUACAGGGCCGCAAUACGCCGAUUGGAGGGGCGCCCGCGAGACACCGAGGGACAGCAAGGCGCACGGGAUCGGUACGCCGCCCUUCAGAUCUACUCCGAGUGGCUGGACCUCGAGGGGAACCGGGAUGCCGACGGGCGUCCUAUCCUCGGGGCUCAGCUAACCAAGUCGGAUUCUCGAGGCACCGGAAGCCAACAAGAGGUCAAGGAUCCCCAAAACACUCCUAGUCCUGUCGAGACCGAACCCAAAUGCAAAACCCCGGAUCCUGAGGAGGAUGCUCUGAACACCCAGUUUCCCGAGGGUAUCUAAGGGGUAAAGAUCACGAGAUACCAAAGCCGGCUUGAUGGAUGAGUUGCGGGUGGGUGUACGGAACAAUUAUGUUUAGGUGUGACUUGACGACGGGGUGCUGUAAACGCGUUCUGUUCCCAAUCGUGUGUGGAAGAGGUACCUAGUGUCCGGGUUGUCAGAUCGUGGAAUACUCAGUUACUGAAUGUAUCAUGCAGCCCACCCAUAGCUCGGUC